AUGGCUUUAUGUAUUAUGGAAGUUGGAAGUUUAGUUUACUUAAAAAAUCAUGCUCCUGAGAGGAGAAUCGGCCUCACUCUUUAUCACGCCACGUCUGGCUCCUCUGGUGUUGUCGCGAUGAAGAAAGUGGUUCAGCAGCUUCAGUUGGAAGCUGGGCUCAACCGCAUGAAGUUUUCCCAGGCAGCCGCAGAUUUGAAACAAUUCUGUCUGCAGAAUGCUCGGCAUGACCCUUUGCUGACUGGAAUAUCUUCAAGUACAAAUCCCGGUAGACUCCAAAAAGUCUGUUCGUUCUUGUAG